UUGAUGUGCUGUUGAUUGAGGUUAGAAUUUUUCUUCAAUUUCUGUUUUUAAAAAUGAACGUCUUUAAUAAAAUCAGAAAUUUUAGAAAUAUAGGCAGCAUUCAUAGAUUAUAUAGUGUAACUCCAAAAGAAAACAUAGAAAAAAUUGUCAAGAAUAAUAAAGUUGUAGUUUUUAUGAAAGGAGUUCCUGAACAGCCACAGUGUGGGUUUAGUAAUGCAGUAGUACAAAUUUUGAGAAUGCACGGCGUAACAUAUGAUGCCCACAAUGUAUUACAAGAUGAAGCUCUUAGACAAGGUGUCAAAGACUACUCCAAUUGGCCCACAAUCCCACAAAUUUAUAUAAAUGGUGAAUUUGUUGGUGGAUGUGAUAUAAUGCUACAGUUGCACCAGUCUGGUGAUCUUAUUGAAGAAUUGGAGAAGGCAGGAAUCACCAGUGCCCUCCUGGAAAAAUCAAAAGAUGAGAAGCCCAAAUGAUUAAAUGAUCUUUUUGUAUAUAUGUAAAAAAAUAAAUUAUUAGUAGAUAGUAUUUUGAAGAAUACUCAUAAGGGUGGGUCAACAACUAUUUAUGAUAAUCAAUGUCAUAGAUCCUUCAAAUGCUCUAGUGCAGAUUAAAAUUUAGCCUCUGUUCUGGAUAGAAUUCUUCCUUUCUUGAAGCUAUCAUUUCCAAGAAACCAACUGGAUGCAUAUUUUUCUUCUGUCUGUAUAAAGAAUGGAUAUUUGAAAAUGAACUGUCUCAUCUGCAAAUAAUAUUGAAAAUAAAAAUAGAUUUUGAAUAUACAUAAUUGUAUAGAUACUUCUUGCUGCCCUCCUAACCAAUUCAGUAAUCUUGAUUUGCAGAUUCACUGGGUCCAUACAAAUCAGGGGUUGCUUCUUUUUUUAUCUGCUUCUGAAAAUACCCUUGAAUUUGAAGAAAAAAUGUUAGUCCACAGGACAGAACCCUUCCCCAAAUCUUCCAAUGGUUUUAUUAUUUUAUUGCAUGAGAACAAUACUUUCUUUAAAGAAAUGACAUUACAUUCAUUAAUUUCUAUCAGUAAUCCCAAAAUAAGUUUCCCAAGAAAUGAAAAUGGUCCAAAAUAUCACCACCAGUGAUAUUUAUACUGAUGUCUGCAGCUAUUGAUUGGUAGUCAAGAAUUCAGUGUUAGAAACAGCCAUCUCAAUAGGCCUUUUCAUCUAGACAUAUUUUUAAGACGCAUGCGCUCGUUUUUAGAUCCAAAAAUUCAUUGGGUAAUGCGAAGGUGAAGUCUCAUUGGGUAUAGUUCCAACACAAAAUGCUGAUUGGCCAUUUCGAAUAUGGCGAGUAUUAUUGACGUUCUGUCAAAUGUCAACAGUGUCAACCACCAUGAGCAUUCGUCAUUGAGAAACAUCAAUAACAACAUAGUAUUUUUGUUUUUAUAUUCCAUGUGUGUAUCAAUUGUAUUAUAAUAAUUUAAUUCCAAAAAACGUUACCUAUUCGUUACUGAGGAGUGUGGUGCUGUGAUGUAAGUGUUUCGGUGAAAAUGGCCGCCACUGUCGUUGGAUGCGAGAUGUAAACAGAGAUAGUCAUUUGUCAUCUAAAUGAAAAGGCCUAUUGAUUCAUUUAGCUAGUUGAAAUAAUCAGCUAAUUGGAAUUGAAUUAUCAUGAUCAGCAAUAUCUUCUUUAUUUGAAAAUACAAGUGAUGAAAGGUAAAAUGAUGCAAACACUUAUCCUAAACCUAUCAUUUUAUUUCAAUAUGAAUAAAUUGUACAAUCUUUUCGAAGGGAUGUACAGAAACUAAAAAUAUUUCGUUCUAGUGAGCGCGCCACUGCCUCCUGUUGGGUCCAUCAUCCUACCCCAGUUUGUGUGCCCCACCACGAACCCUAUCUUCCUCAUCUUCUCCUGUUCCCUCUGUUCCUCCAAAUCGGCCCACCGAAC